GGAUCAGUGCGUGCAAGGAUACGUGUCCGUGGUGGACGUCCAAUGAUGCAAGGCUUUGCCAACGUUGGUUCUGUGUUUGAUGAAGCAAAGUCCGAAGAGUUGCAUCCACAAAUCAUCAAAAUGGCUAGAAGAUCAGGGCAGCUCAAUCUUUCCAACAGAGGAAUGCAUGAAGUGCCUGAUAAAGUGUAUCACAUUCAUGAGAUGGAUGCUGAUGAAGCCAAGAAAAUGAUGAUGGGUAUGAGCAUGGAUAGUACUGAUGAUGACCGCUGGUGGGAACAAACAGAUCUUACCCGUCUGUAUCUCUCCUCCAACUGUCUCUCAUCCAUAUCUCCCAAGAUAAGCAACCUCAUGUCUCUCCAGGUUCUUGAUGUGAGUCUGAAUCAGCUUGACCUAAACCAGAAUGAGCUGAAAGGCCUUCCAGAUUCCAUUGGUAACCUGCAGAAAUUAGAGCAGCUCUACCUCCGCUACAACUCAAUCCAAAUUCUCCCUCCUUUACAUAACUGUGCAUCAUUAAAGGAGCUGCAUCUUGGUUUUAAUUUCAUUAAGGAAAUAGAAGCUGAACAACUAAAUCAUUUGACUGGGAUAAGUGUGUUAGACCUUCGAGACAAUCAGAUUGAUGAUUUGCCUGAUCAGAUAACAUUGCUUCAGGGGCUUGAGCGGCUUGAUAUUACUAAUAACAACCUGUCUACCCUUCCCUACCAUAUUGGCCUUCUUCCCCAUUUGAAGUCCAUGCCAUUGGAUGGUAAUCCCAUGAGACUGAUUCGACGUGAUAUUAUACAACGUGGAACAAUGCAACUCUUGAAGUAUUUACGCUCAAGAGUUUCAGCUCCUGUCAAUACAUUCCCUGGUUUUGAAAAUACACCUGUUGACACAAACCUGAUAAUGGGAGAAAAAGCAAUUCCAGACAAGUACCAGAUGAGGACAACUCAAACAAUGGCAUAUAAUGAAAAAGCUGCAGAAAUUCCAGAUAAACUGAUUGAAAAUGCAGCGGAAGCAGGAGUGAGAACAGUUGAUCUAAGUAAAAAUAUCCUUUCUCAGGUUCCAGAAAAACUGGAAACGCUAUCACGACAUGUAUCAGAAAUUAUGCUAGGCAUGAAUAAGCUAACAUCAAUCCCAGCAUUCUUUGGGACAUUUCAGCGGUUACAAUUCUUAGAUGUACAAGGAAACCAGCUUACUGAUUUGCCUACAGAUCUUGCACAGUGUCUGUAUCUACGUGAAAUCAAUAUUUCUGCAAAUAGAUUUGAACAGUUGCCAGCAUGUGUCUAUGAAAUGGCACAGCUUGAAAUUUUAUUUGCUGGGGACAACAAGAUUACUUCUAUUUACGUUGAAGGCCUCUCAAAGUUGAAACGAAUAGCAACUUUGGACCUCCACAACAACAACAUAGAUUUUGUCCCACCACUGCUUGGAAAUAUGACACAGCUAAGAACUCUGCAACUAGAAGGAAAUGCAUUCAGGGUACCAAGGACUGCCAUUUUAGCUAAAGGAACUCGUGAGAUCUUGGACUACUUGCGAACAAGAAUUGUUGAUCAGUGAAUCUGUUACCAUCAUAAAAUCAACUAAUAUGUGGUACAUUGUAAAGGAUAUUCUCAAACUUUAAACUAGUGACCUCAGUAAUGAAACAUAUUCUCUGAAUAGUACUUAGUUUGCUAUAUGUAGGGAUAAGUAUAAAGGACCAGUUUAUUCUAUAAUAGAAGUGAUAUAAUAAUAUAAAUUCAAAUCCAUCCGCAUGCUCAUGUCUGUAUUUGUAUGUAUCUUUAAGUAAACAUAAUGUUUGCCCUAAGCAUACCUUUUUAAGGAGCCCAGUGACCCUUCAGGAAAUGGACAAGAAGCAGUCCAGAUCUAUUGUUUUUAUGCUAUGUGAAACUGAAUGUAUUUUAUGCUUGUUGAGCAAGCAAGUUAUGUAUUCAUUUGAGAGGGAAAAUUUGUGAUAACUAGCUUAUUGGUAUGAUUCAGAGAGAGUGAAAGUUGAAGGGCUGCAAGUUAUUUUAAAAAGGAAUCAGGUGGUGGAACCUUGCACAAACACUUGCUUUGUCAUUUGAAUGUGGAUUUGCAUCUUCAGUUUGUGUAUACACUUGUGUUUCCUAUACUUUUCAUAGGUACCAAGAUUAACUGUAAGCUUUAAAUAAUUCUAUAUUGUUUUUAAUAUUUGAUACUGCUGAAAUUUGCUGUUACUGUACAUACUACCAAAGAGGUUAUUGGAAAAAUCUUAAAUGUGUUGAUUAUUCUUUACAAAAUUAUGAUAUAAAUGUACCUUUCAUAAUAUUUUCCAAAUUAUAACUGUGGCAUAUCAUAUUUGCUCUGAAAGUUUUGAAAUGUAUACUUAAAAUGUGAUUUGUAUAUGUUUUUACUAUGAGUCUGAUUCAAGAAUUCUAUACUCAUACUAAUUCAGAAGCAUGUAUGACAAUGAUGAAUUAGGAUUGUUCAUUAGUGUCGGAAGUCAUAAUGCUGUGUUUUUGAUUAUUUUUUACAUAUGUAAGGGAAAUUUGAAAAAAAUAUUUCAGUUAAUUACAGAAUGUGCUAAUUAUCUGUGCUUAGCGAUGCAAACAGCUUAAAAUAAUUUACUGAACUGUACUGGUGCAUUUUAGCUGAAGUUAUUGAAUAUAUAUAUAUUUAAUAUAAUAUUAAAUGUUAUAUGUACAUUAUAUUUUUUGUCAGUUUUGAUUACAAGUAAUAUUUUCUUGCCAUAAAUUCACUGACUUAAACUCUGUUAUGCUUUGCCUUCUACUUUCUCAUAGUCUUAUGAUGUUAGAUUUGACUUGUCCAAAAAGUAAAUUCUGCAAUAUUAUUAUUAAUGUUGUUAUUAUUAUUAUAUAUAUAAUUUUUUUUUUUUACAUUAGCUCUUAAUUUUUCUGACGUCAUGUUUAGUGGUAAAUGGUUUCUUUCAUAAAUUUAGUGGUCACAGUACAAAAGUACUUAAUGCUUUAAUAAUUUUACACUGUAGAUAUUGUCAUUAUUUAAUUGUCUUACAAAACUGCCAUUUUUAAUUUAUAAUCUUGCUCUCUCCAAAUGUAUUUUUAUAGUAGUUAGCACAGUUAACUUUACAAAGCUGAAGAGGUGUCUGUCAUAGUUAAGAAUAUAUUCAUAUAAUUGACUCUUUAGGUCAAUGGAAGAAUUUUAAUUUUAUGUGCUACUUGUCAAAAGUCAUACUAUAGUUUAGGAUAGUAUGGUAUUUGAAACUGGGAAAGAGGGUGACAGUAGAGACUAAAAGGUUAAGGUGGGUACUAUUAACAGGGGGAAAGGGUGGGAUUAAGGAUGAUUAGAUCAAAUGGAGGAUAUAUAUGUAUCUUAGGUAGGAAAAUAAGUUCUUAAAGGAAAAAAGUGUGGGAUAUCACAAGGAAGUCCAUAGAAGGCAGGGAUAAGCAAAAGGGAAAAGAGGGGUUAAGGGCAAUUAGAUCAAAGAGCUAUUAUGAAUAUAAGAAAAACAUGGGAAAUGAGACUAGAGAUCACAAGGAGGAGGUGAAGUAUAAGGAGGAAUGUCAGGAGAUGAGUGAUUUGGAAUGAAUGGAGCUGACAGCAGGUAUGGAGCAGGGGUAGUAGUAGCAGUGUGCAGAGGAAAGGUAGGGGUUAGGGAACUGGAAAAGUUGUCAGUGGAGCUAGUUGAUCAGGGUAGUUAAUCAAUCGGGGAAAAAUAAUUAUAUAAAGUCUUUUCAGUAGACAAAAUAUUAACAGGAAAUUGUGAAAGCUGAUGUACCAUCUCUUGGCAUGGUGCAGGAAGUUCUGUAUUGAGUGAGUUAACCAAACAAUCUUGAGUAAUUAGUAAUUAAACAUCUGAACUUGCAGAACUCUUGUAAAAUUUGAAGGGAAUUUAUUUAUGAAUAAGAAAUGGACUACAGUGCUCUGAUACUGUAUUAUAAUUUGACAAUAGUUGAUGCAGCUUUUAUUUUUAAUUAUAAUGUAACUACACAUUCAUAAAUGUCUAUGUAAUUAUUAUUGACGUCUUUAUUGAUAAUUGUUACUGGGAGCAAUGCACCCUCCAGAGACUGAAGUCCCAAAACCAGGGUAUCAUGGGAACCGAAAAAACAACCUAACCUUUCCUACCUUCUAUUUAUUCAUUAGACAGUGGGGCAAGCCCUCCUUGCACCCCCCAUUUAUUAGCAGAUCAUGCCAGCUUACAGAAAAUGGACAUUAAGAAAUGUGUGAGGGUGUUAUGGACUUAGUCUCUGAGUGGUACUAUGUAGCAGACAUUUUCAUCAUUUACCUAUAAAUUUGAGGCUGCUGUAGCUUAAACUAUAUUUUUCCUUACUCUUAUUUCUUACAUUCUUACUAUAUUUUUCCUGCUAUGCAACAAAUAUUCUCGUCAUUUAUCUAUAAAUUUGAGGCUGCUGUAGCUUAACUGUACCCCAAUUUUAUUAGCAUUUCAUCCAUCCUAUAGAAAAUGGAUAUUAAGAAUCUAGCAAUGUGAGGGUGUUGUGGACUUUGUCUCUGAGCGGUGAUAUGCAGUGGUUAUUUUUGUCAUUUCACUGUAAAUACGAGGUUGCUGCAGCUGUACGUAUGAUGUGCUCUAUAAGAUAGCGGUGUCCAUUUCUCCCUGUAUCCGUGCAUCACUCUCAGUAACUUAGACUUUUUUAUUUUCAUAUAUUCAGAUACAUGUUAAGCAUUGUAACUAACCCUCUAGCCAUGGUUUAUGAAUAAUCAGUCAGUUCUGACACCUCUUUAUCAUGAAGUCUGCCUCAAUUGCUGUAAUAUCUGGCACUCCCAACUGAGAGAUGGAUCAAUGCCCAGACACUAGUCUAGAGAACUAUUGCAGGCCUCUCUAUGUCAAGAAUUUAUCUGUUAAUCAGUUUAAUGAAAAAAAUGCCCUAGUCUAGCUGAUAUUAUGAAAUUGCUCUAAGUAUGUGAAGUGAAUUUUGAAGAUUUGUUGUAUUUAGUAGGUAGACUGUCUUCAUAACUGAAUUUAUGAUUUCAUAGUAAAAAAAAUACACAUUUUUCUUAAGGAAAGAUACUGAAGGCUUAGCAAAUUCAGAACCAAAUUGUUAACCCCGAUUUUGUAUUAAAUGUAAUAAAAAGGGCACUAACAUUUAAGUAUCAGACAUUUCAGGAUAGAUUCUAAGUUAUCAGAAAUGUAACAAGUGUAGAGCUCUGUCAUUAAAUUGCAAGUAUGAGUUACAUUAGACUAGAUUUCAUAGUUAUUAGUGUAAAAUUAAAACAAAUGCAAAAAAAAAAAAAUAUAUAUAUAUAUAAUGUAACUACCAUCAGUAUGCCUUGGAAAUAGGCUUCAGUAGUAAUUUAAAAUAUAUCGUUUAUAAACCCUUCAGUUUUAUAAAGAAUACAUGUAAUAUUUAACAACUGCAUUGAAAAGUGUUAUGUAGUAUAAAAUGGACUUUAUUACAUCAUAUGCUUUUACCCUGGGUAAUGUGUGAUCCCUUUCUUUUAUUAGACUAGGUUUGAAUCAAGUAUUACCUCAACAUCUGUUAUCAGUGGCAAAUUCAAAAUAAAGCAAUAAUGCAAGGCUUGGGAGUAAAGCCUCUGGGUAAGGAAGCGUUUUUUUGUUCAUAUGGCAAAGUUUGUGGAUUCCCAGAAUGGUUAAAAAUGUUCCAGACAUCAAAAGUCAUACAGCACUAUGACAGUGAUGUAGUUAAAAGGUUAAAAUUUGAUUUAACAAUUGGAAUAAAAUGUUAGAUGGCAAAGGUUGUAAAGUGGUGUUGGCUAUAGUAUGGUAGUGAACAGGGGUAAAAGGGGAGAGCUAACAGAGUAUGAAGGCUAUUCUGGACUGAAAGCCAGCCAUUCAUCUUGGAUCAUAUUUUAAUUUUUAGAAUGGACUGGAGGGGGAGAAGCAAAUUUAGUUGCGACAAGGGCCGAGGUCCACAGUAGAUGUGAUAGAAGACGAGGCCCAAUGUAGACUAAGGUCACCCCCCCCCCCCAAAAAAAAGGGAUUAGGGAGGGGGGGUUGGGGAGAACACGGAAAUAUUCAAAGUUUUUUUGGAUACGGUUUGACAAUAUACAAGCAAUCAGAUGUAUAUAGCAAAUUUAUUUUAAAGGUAAUUUUUCCUUUAACAGUGCCUUUUGUAGGGACAAACCUUUAGAUUUCUGUAAUGAAAUGAAAGUUUCUAUUUCAUUGGAAUAUAUCCCAUUCCAAGCAUUUAUCAUUUUGAAUUUGUGCCUAUUAUGGAUAAAAAGUUCAUAUCAAUUGAAAACAAGACGGUAAAUGGCAUCAUGGGUGUGUAUUUUAAGUGAUGCAUUUCAUUUAUACUUGCACAAUACUUAACAUUUAGUGGGUCAACUUAAUCUUUGCUAGCUUUAAUUUGGUAAAAUAUCUUUGGCUGUGAUAAAAAAACACUAAGAAAACAACAAGUUUACACUUUGUGUGAAUUAAUCCCAAUACCUUUAGUAUCAAAAUGUUUUGUAACAACUUUAUAUUUGUCCUGUGCCUAACAUAGCAUGUUUGUAUUACAUGUCAGCCCUAAUUGUGAAGUACAUUGCUCAUUUAAUAAAUGCUAAUAACUU